UACAUAUUACUCAGUAAUACAACAUUGAGGCUCCGAAUACGAUUUUCUCACGAUCACUGAAGGAUUAUUUUCCGUUGUUUUCUCGUCGUUUUUACUUUAUUCUACCUCUGUUUCGACUUUACGACCCCAUUUUCUCUGAGGAUGUCGGUAGCGGGUUUGAAGAAGCAGUUUCAUAAAGCCAGUCAGUUACUGAGUGAGAAGAUAAGUGGGGCUGAAGGAACAAAGCUCGAUGAGGAUUUCAUGGAAAUGGAGCGGAAAAUAGAUGUCACCAAUAAGUCUGUGUUUGAGCUUCUUACCAAAACCACAGAAUACCUCCAGCCAAACCCAGCAUCAAGAGCCAGACUGGGGAUGCUGAACACCAUGUCAAAGAUCAGAGGACAGGUAAAGACCACCGGCUACCCACAGACAGAGGGGCUUCUGGGGGAUUGCAUGAUCCGGUAUGGCCAUGAACUUGGAGACGACUCUACAUUUGGUUGUGCUCUGUUGGAUGUGGGCGAGGCUCUGAAACAAAUGGCCGAUGUUAAAGACUCGCUCGAUAUCAACGUGAAGCAGAACUUCAUUGAUCCGCUGCAGACUAUGCAGGACAAGGACCUGAAGGAGAUUGGGCAUCAUCUCAAGAAGCUGGAGGGACGACGGUUAGAUUUCGACUAUAAAAAGAAGCGACAGGGGAAGAUUCCCGAUGAUGAAAUCAAGCAGGCUGUGGAGAAGUUUGAGGAAUCUAAGGAAAUUGCAGAGAGGAGCAUGUUCAAUUUCUUAGAAAAUGAUGUAGAGCAGGUGAGUCAGCUAGCAGCUCUGAUCGAGGCGGCGCUGGAGUAUCACCGUCAGUCCUCUGACAUUUUGGAGGAACUCAGUGGCAAAUUACAGAGCAGGAUAAACACAGCAAGCAGCAAACCUAAGAAAGAGUUCAAUCCAAAGUCCAUCAUGUUCAGCCUGGAGACCAUCAAUAGCAAUCAGCAUAAUGGCAUCUCCUACACAUCCUCUCUAAAAUCCACAGAUGCUGAAGUGAACCACAGUAUGAAUGGAAAAAUUGAUUACAUCAGCCAUCCUCCUCCCAUCAAUCCAGACUGGUCCGAAAGCCCCCGAGUGAGCAGUCAGACGGAGCUGCACAUGGACCAGCCUUGCUGCCGCUCGCUGUACGACUUCGACCCCGAGAACCAGGGGGAGCUCGGCUUCAAAGAAGGAGACAUCAUCAUCCUCACCAAUCAGAUCGACGAGAACUGGUACGAGGGGAUGAUCAACGGCGAGUCAGGCUUCUUUCCCAUCAACUACGUUGAGGUCCUCGUGCCCCUACCGCAAUGAGGCUUGUAAACACUGACUCUGUACAAGAGACACACUCUGUGGAAACUUCAUCUUUUAAUGCUUUAUUUUUCAGCGUCUAAGAGUAGUGAUUCAAGACAACUGGAAGUGUAUUAGAUUCUUGAUGAGUAGAGAACAUCUCAAAAGUUAGAUCAAGUCCAGUCACCUUGAUUCAUUAUUUCUAGACAUUAAUGAGCUGGAUGCCUGAAAAUCCUAUUUUUCAGUAUUUAUUUCUCUUUUAUAUGCAGUAUCCAGUGUGUGCUUCUGACCUUCUAACUUAGCCUUUGACAUUUGUUCAGCACUCUUUUUUUCCAGGUAUGUUGAUGGCUAGGGCUGUGCUUUUUGUUUGUCUUUUUUUUUCUUUUCUUUUUUAUAAUUCCAGGUUCAUGUGGUUUAGCGGUUUGAGUGCCUGCUCUGAGCUUUCAUGUCACCGAAACACAAUUUAUGAAAUGUGAGGAUCUCUAAUGCUGUUGCGCUUUCUCUCUUGCGCACUUGCUCUUAUUAUCUGUCUUUUUGUUUACACGACUUAUUGUGAUUAUCUGGAAUCAAGACAGCAGUAACAAAUCAAAAACGAUGCAGAGAUUGAAGUACAGGGUGGGCGAUGUGGCAAAAUUAUUAUACAUCACAAUACUUCUCUCACAAUGCAUAAUAUCUGUAUCAUUUCCAAUUGAUAAUCAUCCUCGGAUUAGCUACUUGGUGUAACAGUGGAGAGAUGGUCAGUGAAACGCAGGAGUUUUCAACCUGUUUUCUUCAGUGACCUCAUUUUCACCCUCAGACAAAAAUUCCCACUACAACUUAACAAAACAUGCGAAUAUCCAUAAAUGUUAUAAACAUGAACUGCUAUUCUGUAUGGUUACUUAAAGUUUGUGUAUUUUCCUAUGCUCUGCGGUGAGAACAUACACAGAACAAAAGGCUUCUGCUAAAACUUUUUUGUAUGACGAUGCAGUGCCAGUAAUCUUUAAGUAGUUCCCUGCUGCCAAUGUCUGGCCACUGUGAAUAACAGUGCAGUGAAAUGUGAAAGGUUGACAGAAUCACAUUCAUUUUGUGACAUUAAUCUUAUAUUCACUCCAUAAAUCAAGUUCAUGUGCAUAGAGCUCCAUUAGCUGGUAAAAAUCUCCUGCAGCUCCGUCUGACCCUAAAACCGAGAGCUGACGGUGUACUGGCCAUCGUAUAAUAUAUACCAAACCAAACCAAACCAAGACAAGAUCAGAACUUUUAUCCACCCCAGUGUGAAAUUACAACAUAUAAUAAUUAAGUGAAAAACAGGAAAAAUAAGAAAUAUAAAAAAGUCCUAAUAACCUGGGUGCAUAACUGUGCUGGUUUCAGAAUGAACCAGUGACAUUCAGUCAUUCAUAUUAAAACAUAAAACUUUAAAAGCUGUCAUAAACUACAUGAUUCAGAUUAACCCCUAUUACAGCUGUAGUUGUAGGAUUUUUUUUUUAUCUAAUAUUGAGUUCAUUCGUAGCAGCUGUUCACAGAUAGUGUUCUAAUUUGCUGGAUCUAAAAUGUUUACAAGAAACAGGGGGAAAAUAUUGACAUGUGUUAAGGGGUGUGUUUUUCACUUAAUUUUUUUGUGUUUAGUCCUGGGCUGGAUGGACAUGAUUUAUCUUGUUUUUUUUUUUGUUUGUUUUUUUUUUACAUCACAACAUCCUGCCAUUUUAACAGCAGUGUGUAGACUUUUAUAUCCAUUGUAGCAUUUCUUGCUCCUGGUCACAAAGUACUCAUGUUUUGCAUGUUUUGGUGUUUAAGCUCAUGAGCUAAUCAGAGAGCCUAAAUUUGCUUCAAUUGGAUAGAAGAGAAAAAACACCAGCCUUUAAAUGACAGAUGAGCUCCAGAACAAGCACAAAGAAACACUGGUGUAAUAAAAAAUAAAUCAGCACAAAAUUCCAUUGUCUGAUUUAUUCUAAGGUGACACCAACAAACUGGACCUGAUGGUUUGGUAUUAACUGUCUUCUUGUCAUAUGAGACGUACUGUUUACUCUCAGUCAUGAUAACUUUUAUAAUCACAUGUAAUUAGCCAGAGAAGAACAUAUUGUAUCACAACAUAUUGUCUCAUCGCCCACAUCUGCAAACUUGUGUCACAUCCUGAAGUGUUUCUUUAUGUUGGGAUUGUGGUCGUAUUGCACUAAAGCUUUAGAAUCAACUGUCAGUCACAUGGCAUGUUGGAUUUCCUGUUUGCACUUUCUACUGAAUCUCUGUGCCACGUCAUGUGUUGACAUCAGCCUGUCUCAGAGGGUAAACAAUGUAUGUUCACCUUGGAGCGAAUAUUUUCCCAGUACCAUACAGUGAUGUUACAAAACCAAAAAACCUGCAUCAUGUUUCCAGCCGUCGAGUCGUUUGCAUAGAAAGCUUUGCAAUGCUUUUCAUGCCUUGUUUGAUCUGUCAAGACUGACAUUUUGAUUAGCCAAGUGCCGAUAUUACAAUUUCAUAUCAGGGUCGUUGUUGAACCAUGACAAUAUUGUAUUAAAACACCACUAAUGAUAAAAUACAAAGAAAAACUAGCUUGUAAUUUGGAAUAACACACAAUCAUUUUUGGCUUGUUUGUACAUAACAGUACAACAGUUUUAGAUUCGAAGAAUAAAUGUUGAACAUUGCGGUAUAUAUUAUACCUGAUUUUCGGCACAUGAUCAGUAAUGACAUUAUAAAAAAGUGGUAAAUGACUGUAUUCCUCCAGUGCCACAAAACUACUCUAUGUAGUUUAAUCGAGCCAUUCGUAUUUUUAUUUUAACAGCCGAUGACUACUUUUUAUCAUCUGCUCUGUGAAGAUGUUUGCAUGGCUAUGACUGCCUUUUUCUGUGCUGCGUUUUGUCACUGUUGCCUUCGCUGGUACAAGGAAAGAUCAUUAGAUAUGUCAUAGGGGAGAAAAGGGAAAAGAUUUUAAUUCUUUAUUUUGUUAAAAUUAGGGCUGCAACUAAUGAUUGUUUUCUUUUUCUGAUCCACUGAUCAUUCUGCUUUACACUGUAUCAUAUAUAAGUAUUUUAUAAAGAAGGCGAAAUCAAGAUGGGAAAUUUUUCAGCAGCAAAAUUCAGCAGCAACAACCCCGAUGAAAGAUUCUCAAAUUACCUGCAUCAGACACCACACUGAUGACUGAUGUGCUAAUUGCCCUGCAUCUUAACGGUGGAUUAACAUUAAUAAAAGCAUCAAACUAUUUUACAGGUCGGUUUAAUUAUCAAACAUCUCAAAUUUUGCAGAUCUGUUGCAGCCCUAGUUAAAAUAAACGUGCUAUAAAGUGCAGGCAUCUGUGAACUGUGCGUUAUCACAGUUUGUAAUAAUGUCACGUUCUUGUGUUUCUAAAAAAGAAAACAAAAUGACAAUUUUAUUCCCCAUGUUCUCAAGUGUCACUGAAAUUUACACUAGAUUUAAUUCUUGUGCUCAUUUGUCCAGAAAUUAUAAACCUUGGAAGACAUCUGUAUUUUCUAUUUUACUGAAUAGAACAGACUUUAUCUAAGGAGUAUAAACUCUAUCAGGCUUCUCACAAAUAUAAUCCAUAUGUUAUGGGUGUUGCUUAAUGCAACAUUGUAGACCUGAUGAUCUGCUUUCCACGUGACUAGCUGCACUUUUCAACCAGUUUAACAGUGUUUUAAAUUUUACUUAUUGCCAUGUUAUAUAUGUUUAUUGUAGGUUUGACUGAGAUGACCAGCGGCACAUUUAUACAGUAUUUUUAAAGCUUGUUGUUGCCAAGUAAUUUUAUUGCUUUUGCUUGAAUACAAGGUGAAUAGGAACAAGACAAGCUUAAGCAGGCCUUAAUGUGAAAUACUUAAGCUGUGGUGCUCCAUCUGUUGAGCUCAAUGAACUGUUGUUUAGACUGUUUAUUAAUCAUACAGGAGUCCAGAGAGGCCUUGCGUUACAUUUAUAUCGUCCCAUAUGAAAAUAUUCAUCAUGCUUUAAGCUUAUAGCUAGCUAAAUGUACUGACUAAAUGUACGGCAAAACAUAACGGAUGAGAUCUAUUUGGUUUAAUUUUAAUUAUGCCGGUCUAGACUGGUAUUGUAAAUUGUUUACCGAUUUGGUGUAGAUAAAUAAGGCUAAGGAAUGAGCCUAGGUACAAAUUUAAGCCUUUAAACCAUUUGACUUUUGUGUAAAUUCCUGAUACAAACCUAGACUAAUUAUUUCCACUUCCAGAUCAGUCACUAUAAUGGGACGAUAUAAUAAGAAUAAGGCAGGUUCUCUCUGGACUUGUGUUAAAAACACUACUGACUCCUCUACCUUUAAAUGUUUUGUCCUGUAGCUUUCUAGUCAAUUUUGUCACUACAGUACUUGUUUCAGAGAGACAGGCAUGUGGACCAUAUGUAUUUUUUCUUUCUUUUACUCUCUUUAGUAUAAUUUAUACAAAAAGUGUUUUAUAGAUGUAAAUGAAUAUAUUACAAACUGUAUAUUGCAUAAAUAAAUGACAAAUCCUGAAUAAUCGUGGA